CCCUUUUUGCACUGCCUUUAGGACACUUGGCUCGUUUCCUUGUUGGUCCCUCGGCCACUUUUCCGGCACCAGAGAGCACUAUUGACACAUACACACAAAAUUGUCCGCCGCCCACAGAGCAGGGGCCCGCGCGCGUGGGACUCGUUUCAGACACUUCUCUUCUUCCCUCGCUGCUCCCAGAAGACUCUCCCAGCGAGGAAGAGGACGCCGGGCUUGGACCUUGUGCCUGCUGCUGCUGCUGCUGCUGCUGCUGCUGCUGCUGCUGCUGCUGCUGCUGCUGCUGCUGCUGCUGCUGCUGCUGCUGCUGCUGCGAACAGCAAAGUGACGUACGCCACCCACCGCCUCGUGAUGCCGUCGCCAAAGGCUGACUGGGACAACGCACACGUUGGUGUCCAAGGUCCGCCCAUUGCCACCACGAUGAACGAUUCCGUCCCCGCCGCUGACUCGCCCUUCCGACCACUUGUACCGGAGGACUUUCGAAGGCGCGGCAAUGGCAGGAGCAAUAGCAGUGGCGACUGGACUGCCCUCACAGGCCGCCCCAGUGCUUCAUCACCGCGUACCACUCCAGCCGCCGCGACCGCCGCUUGUCCGCGCCAGAAGCCUGGUUCUGGCCCUGGCAGGGCGCAGGAGAAAAACAACGAACCAGCAGCCGCGGCGGGCCUUCAUAACACUACAAGAGAGGAUCAGACCACACCGAGGGCCUCUUCCUUUUCUGAAGCAGCAGCAGCCGCGCAGCAGUGGCAAAAGAAUCAGCAGACCCAGAGCAGAGCCGUGGGCACGUCGGUGACGUCCAGAAGCGCCAAGAACAACAAAGGAAUGGACAAGACGCCAGACGUCAAGCAGUCGCCAUCGCUAGUAGCCAAGCCAGAGCUUCCCCCGUCAGCACAGAGCAUUGCGCUGCGCGACGAGGCCGAGAGAGACUGGCAAGCCUACUGGCAACGACAGCGCGCCCAGAUUGCGACCCAUGGGAGACGAGCGCCACCAGAGACGGUCCAGGCGGCCCUCAGAUCCGCCUCGAAACCUCCGUCGUCGUCGCUUGGCACAGACGGCCAGCGUGGCGGUGGCGAUACUCAACACCAGUCUCUGUCGUCAUCUAGCGCCGGCUCGCAGCGACAGCAAAUGCAACGACAAAAGCCUCCACUCAAGCGACACUCCAGUGAUAACCUCACUGGAAAGGCGUGCAUUGGCUUGUUUGACGAUCAACGUUAUGACCACAAGCGCAAACCAAUGUCGGCCGACGUCAUGCAGGAAGCCCUUCUGGGCAUGAUGAAUAUCGUGGAGACGGGACCGAAGAGCCCGCAAGAAUCUCUCUCGCUCGGCAAGGGAAUGUUCGUCGAUUCGUCUGAGCGUUUCAAGUUACCCUUUACCCACGACUCGAGCAUCAGCGGAGCAGACGACGCUGCUUCCUCCUCGAUGAACGGCAGCUCCAUUGAGCUCCUCGAGGAAUCCCGUCCAGUGGCUCGAGCGGGUGGCAAAGGGCUAAGCGGCCGUCGCAUGUUCCGUUCUAGAUCUGUAUACGUGGGUGUAGGUGAUGGCAGCAGCAGCAACGGCAGUAGCAGCAGCGCCAGCGCCGGAACCUUAUUGCCCAGGCCAGAGAUGCGCAACGACCUUACCUCGGAAGAGCGGAGGGAGCAGCUCCGUCGCGCGCAGAAGCUGGCCAGCCUUCUUGGCGGUGAGGUUCUUGCGAGCAGCGACGGCGAAGACGCUGGACGAGAGGCGCUCCGACACAAGCGAUCGUCUCCCAGGAUCCCGGGCUUGCCCAGGCGGCAGAGCGACCCCUUUGACGUACUCAUGCAUAGGUCUGUCAUCGCCUCUUCGCCAUCCUCUAGGGAGGAGUCGCGAUACAGCAUACAUGCCUCAAAAGCUGGUCCUCGAGAAGAUGAAACAGCACCAGGGCCAACCACUUCGACGUUGCGCGCCAGGAGGUCAAGAAGCGCCCUCGGCCUUGUGGGGAGAGAGCGUUCAUCUUCCAUCUCUUCGCCGCUUGCCCCAACGCAACCACCCCUCGACAUUCAUCCAAAGGCUGCCGCGAUCCUCGGGCUUCCACACAGCAAGGGGCUCUUUGCUUUUCGGCCCUCGGUCACGACGCCGCCUGCCUCUACCAAUGGAGACGACGACAACGAGAUCCACGCGAAAGGUCAGAACAGUGCGACGAGCGACUCGGUGGCCUCGUGGGUCACGAGUCAGCUCGACCAGGACCACGAGGCGGACCAGGACAAAGACGAUGUCGGGGCAACAACCUUGCCUUCUUCGCGCGAUAGCAUCGAGAUGCUUGAGAGCGAUGACGAUGCCGUCGCCGAGGACCAGGAAGAGCAGGGCCUUAGCUUGCGUCAGGGCAGCAGAGUGCUCGGCGAAGCGAUCCAGAGAAAGACUUUUGAUUCGACGCUCCUCACUUCCUCUUCCCCUGCGUGGAUCCGCGAAGAGAGGAGGAAGAGGGUCACGAAAAUCACCCGCUGGCUCGGCGACGUCGUGCCAGCCCAUCUCGUAACACAUUCCAGCGAGCCACAACGCACGCCGCCGCCUGCUUACUUUUUCGAUGAGAUGCCACCCUCUGCUCUCGUCGAUUUCGCAAGCGGCACUCCUUUGAUCUCACGUUCUUCGUCUUCCUCAUCGUCGGCGCAAAAGAACAAUCAUGAUGCGACGGAGAGCAGCAGCCCAAUUCGGCCAAUCGCAAAGGCAAAGGCGGCCGUCAAUGCAAAGCUGUCGAAAUCACGAAACGGUCCUCGAGCUCCCCUCCUGCUGGACACGAGCCACAAGAACCUCAGCUCGCCUCAAUUUGCCAAUGUGCCGAAAUCGGCCCCUCCUACCGUCGACGACGCUCAUCGUCUCACGGCCAAAGAGCAUUCUGACCAAGUCAGACGAGCUUCGAAGCUCACUUCGCUCUUUGGUGAGGUGCCACCCCAGCCACUGUUUGCCCCUACGCAGUCAACCGAAGCUGUCAAGCUCUCUACGCUCGGCAUCACGAGCAAGCACCACCGCUCCACACCAUCUCUGGUUCGUCCGCCCUUUGAUGGGGCUCCCUCUCUCGAUCAGAUGAGGCCCGCUAGGUCGCAUCGUCCUCGUUCUACCUCGCCCAUGUCCCAGGAUGGCAAAGCGAUGACGGGGUAUUCGAGGCUUGGUGAACGUCCCAAGUCGACUUCUGACAGCCUUCAGCCACCUCCUGCCGACGACGGUCUCUCGAGCGAGCACUAUCGAUAUUCGAUAGGUGAGUGUGGUCCCUCCUCCUCAGUUGCAGUCAGAAAGGAGCAAGACACCUGACCAAUGUAUCGUUGAUCACCAUAGAUUCGCUCGAGUAUCUCUUUCAGAACGAUACGAGCCUCCUCGACAAUCUUGCAUCUGCCCUCAACGUUGACGACGAGCUUUUGGGCUCACAAGAUACUAGUCGCGCCAAAGCUGAAGCCUCGAAUAUCGCUCAGGCUCGGAACUCUGGUGAAGGGGGCAGCAGCGGUCACGGCCAUGCAUCGCUCCGCGGAGGUGACAAGUCACUGGGGACAACGCCAACGGUGGAACAGGACGUGUUUGUCACGCCGAAAGAGUACGACGCCGGCGAAGAAGAAAAGAAGUUGGC